AUUUUACAACUUGAAACUUUUUCGAAAUAAACAUAAAUGAAAUAAACUUUGUAUAAAAUUUCAGCACGCGAGAUUCGAAAGUCAUACUUCGUCAAACUUCUUAAAGUUGGUAGAAAAUGCUACAUGUAGAUAAACGCGAUUACGGUAAACCAUUUCCAAACUUUGGAAAGCCAAAAAUAAUAGGAUUUAUUGGUUUAGAAAACCUGAAAUAUGCGUGUCGAGUAACUGAUGAAAGAGUAAAUUUCGAUUUGAAUUUACAUCUAGAUAAAGUAAAGCGUAAACCAGCAGACUUAGAUGUUAAGUUGACAGAGUUACUAAAGUUUUUAAUUGAGCAUGAAGCUCGAUUAAAAUUUCCUUUAGAAAACAAUUUGGAGGCGGCUAAGUUUUUCUGUUAUCGUGGCUUGUUAACUUGUGUAGCGUGUACUCCAUUUGAAAACAAGGAACCAUGGAAAAUUGUGGCAAUAUUGUACAAAGGCAAUAUAUACUUAUGUGCACGGGAAACUGAAGAAAAGAGGCAACGAAAGCUUCGUAUGUCAGAGAAAGACAAGCAAUUCACGUCAUGGGGAUAUAAAUUUGAACAAUAUAUGCUGUCUGAAAGACCAGACAUAGAGCCUAAUCCAAAUGUUCCAGUUGAUGAAACUGAGGAGUUUUCUCUAGUAUUAACUACACAUCUAAAUCACCAUAAAAUUGUCUACGGAGCAGAGAUGGAUGGCAUUAUAUGUGACAAAAGUCCAGUUGCACCUUUACCUGACACUGAAGGAAAUCCAGAUAACAUAGUACAAUAUUUAUCUUCUAACAUGUUUAUAGAACUCAAAACAAAUAGACACAUUGAAUCCUCUAGACAAGAGAUAAAUUUUAAGAGAUAUAAAACCAGGAAGUGGUGGUGUCAAUCAUUCCUUGUAGGAAUAGACACAUUACUUUGCGGAUACAGAAAUGAUGAUGGUAUUGUUGAAGAAUUGAAGGUUUAUAAUGUCAAAGAUUUAGCCAAGAUGUCAGAGAUGUACUGGAAGCCCAAUGUUUGCUUCAACUUUUUAGACACAUUUCUGACAUAUGUCAAACGGUGUUUGGCAAAAAAAAUUAAACAUAAAUUCGGACAAAAGGCAUUAAACAAUUUACAAGCAUUACCACUAACAAGUUUACUUUUUGUAUGGACUCCAGGUUCGUCAGUUCAGGUGUCAGACAACUACUCUCAUGAAGAUGAUCCUAUACUGCUGGAAUGGUUCAUAGAAAACUUUGGGAAACACUUGACAGACAUUCUUUAGCAUGAAUCAUAUACUACCACUGGCUAUAGCAUGAACAAUAGAUACAAACACUACCAGCAAUAAGUACAUGAAAAUAAUAAGGAUUCACUUGUAUGGAUACUCAUAAGAUACUAAGUUAAACUUGCAGCACUAAAGAUUUACUAAACUAGUGAUAAUAAAUUAAAGCGGACUAUUCUAUACCAAGUAAGCGACUAAAAAUCACACAUUAUUCGCUCGUUUGAAUAUUAGCCAUUUUUUUUAAAUGCUGAUUUAUGUAAAUAAAUACUUUUAUAAAUUAAA